AUGGCGAAAUUACUGGCUUCUCUCGUCUUUCUCUCCUCGUUCGCCUCCGCCGCGCCCCAUCGAAAUAACCGCGCACAUCGAAACAAAGCACCAUCUGGCAAUGGUUGCGUCGCUGAGACUGUGCAAAAUGAUGUUGGGAAGGCUAUUUACUUCCUAUCAAACGAGGCCCAGAACGCUGUCGUAGCCCUACCAAUUGAUAAUACUGGCUUGGUUUCGAGAGGAACCACCACUGUGACGGGGGGCGCUGGGUCGAAUUUCAUCAACAGCGCGGACAAUACUACAAGUGCUCCAGAUGCGUUGGUGGGCCAAUCCGCCUUGACCAUUGUGGGAAAUAACCUGUUUGCAGUCAACGCUGGCUCCAACACUCUCACUAUGAUGGCCAUAUCUCCGAAUGAUCCAACCUCCCUAACCAUGGUUGGUCAGCCUAUAAAUGUUCUUGGAGAAUUUCCUACCACUGUUUCAGCAUCUUUGAAGAACCAGCUCGUCUGUGUCGGCACGACCGGAGCUAUGGCAGGUAUUUCCUGCGCAAGGUUCUCAGAACAAGGUCUCAGUGAAAUGGACUGUCUCCGCCCCUUCGACAUUGGCCAGACAACCCCUCCCCGUGGACCGCUGAACAGUGUUUCUCAGACCUUCUUUUCUGCGGACGAAUCUGUUCUCUUCACCACCGUCAAAGGAGAUCCAGCGGUAAACAACACCGGAUUCCUAUCUUCCUUUGCUGUAGAACAAGGCAACAACGGCGCCGCGCAAGUUUCUGAAGUUGAAAGCCGCAGCUCACCCGCAGGGACUGCAGUGCUGUUCGGCUCUGUCGCUCUUCCUGGCAACCCGUCCACUAUCUUUGCGACCGAUGCUUCAUUUGGCGCUGCUGUUCUUUCGGUCGAUCAAAAUGGACAAGCCUCGACUGUACGAGCUCAACCCAUCGAUGGACAGGCGGCAACUUGCUGGGCCACUGUGUCCGACAACACAAAAAGCGCAUUCGUUACAGAUGUGGGUGUCAACCGUGUGGUUGAGAUGAGCCUGGAGGACGCGAGCAUUGUCGGCGAACUGAACCUCACGAACGGUGACCCUGGUCUCAUCGACCUACGGGCUGCUGGGAACUUUGUAUACGCGCUUUCUCCUGGGAACGGCACAAUCGAGGCUGCUAUCACAGUAUUGGAUAUCUCGGGAGGACAAGGUUCGAUGAAGCAAGCACAACAUUUCGAACUUUCUGGCAUCGCAAGCAAGAACGCGCAGGGUAUGGCAGUGCUGUUGUAA